CGUUCACAUAGUAACCGGCAAUCAACAUUCAAUCAGUUUGGAAAAUUUUUAGGCCUUAGUUGAUCGUUUUUUAAAAUUUCAAGUUUUUUAUUAAAAAUUUAAUUAAAAAAAAAUUUAUAAUCAUGUUUUCGCGAGCAUCAAAAUCAGUCGUCCGCUCUCUUGGUCAAUGCAGAUUUAGUGUUGAAGGAAAUUUAAAGGCAAUUGGAACAGCUGGAGAGGUGGGCAGCACUUUGCCCCCAUGUUUGAAAAAUGGUAUAAAAUUUGAACCGACGGCUGUCAAAAAUUUUGGGCCAUUAGAACAAAUGACAACGACAGAACACAAUUUUGGAAAGACAAUGCCUGAAUUAACUCAAACUCGACUUCAAUUCAGUUCAAAAAGCGCAAGUUCGGAAUUGAAUAAAAAUACAUUCAAAGAAAGUCAACUUUCGAAUUUUGAAGCUAAAAAUGAAAAUUCGGAUGAUCUGGUCGAAAUUUUGAAAAAAUUGCCAAUUGCUGAGGAGGUUGAAACUACAAAUAAUUUGCAAAUGCUGCCCUAUUUUUCACAGGAUGGACGAAUUUUUACGAACAACAAUUGUCAACUUUCACAAAAUAAAAUGGACUCACGAAGAUUUUGGAAUAACAAGAAAAAAAAUCAAAAUAUUCAAAAAUUAAGAAAAAUAAAUUAUCAAAAUUCAUUAAAUAAACAACAUUUAAAUUCAAAUUGGAUAAUGUGUAGAAAAUUUUCAACUUUUUCUGCGAAAUUAAAUCUCCCCCUAAAUAUUUAUGGCAACAAAAUAAAUUUCAUUCGCGAAAUAAAUCGAUUUCAAUUCAUUCGUUUUUUAACACAAGGCGGAGUAAAAGAUAAUUAUAAAAAAAAAUUUGAAGAUUAUUGCAAAAAAAUGAAAUCAAUGAAAAGUGGAAAUUCAAAUGGAUGUAAAAAGAAAAAAGAAGAAAAAUGUCCUGGAAAUAAAAUUGAAAAUGAAAAAAAAGAUCGUAGCUCAUGCACAGAUUCAAAUCGUGAACAUCCUUGUAAGAAACAAAAAGAAGAAUUAUCAGCUAAAUUGAAAGAAGAUUCGUGUAAAAAAAAUGAAGCAAAAAAAUUUGAUCCUUGUAAGAAGAAUGGCACAAAAAAUACUGAUCCUUGCAAGAAGGGGAAGAAAAUUGAUCCUUGUAAGAAAAAAGAAAAAGAAACUGAUCCUUGCAAGAAAAAGGAUCCUUGCAAAAAAGAAGAAAAAGAAGUAGAUCCUUGCAAGAAAAAAGAAAAGGAGAAUAAUUCUUGCAAAAAGGAUGAUCCUUGCAAAAAAGAUGAUCCAUGUAAAAAAGAUGAUCCUUGUAAAAAGGAUGAUCCAUGUAAAAAGGAUGAUCCAUGUAAAAAAGAUGAUCCUUGUAAAAAAGAUGAUCCUUGUAAAAAAGAUGAUCCUUGUAAAAAAGAUGAUCCUUGUAAGAAGAAAGAUCCAUGUAAGAAGGAGGAUCCUUGUAAGAAGAAAGAUUCAUGUAAAAAGGAGGAUCCUUGUAAAAAGAAAGAUCCAUGUAAAAAGGAGGAUCCUUGUAAGAAGAAAGAUCCAUGUAAAAAGGAGGAUCCUUGUGAGAAAAAAGAAGAAAAAAAUUUUGAGAAAAUGAAAGAAGAAAAAGUAGAUUCAUGUAAAGAAGAAAAAAUUGAUUCAUGCAAGAAAGAUGAAAAUGAUUCGUGUAAUAAGAAAAAACCAAAAUUAGAUGAUCCUUGUGCAGAAAAAAAUUGAUUCCUGCAAGAAGAAGAAAUGUCCUCCAAUUAAAAAAAAA